GUUCAACUCGAAUCCGCCAACUUCUUCUUUCAUCCUCUUUAUAUUUUAAAUUUUUUAUUUCCUUAAAUUAAUUGACAGCCAAUUAUGAGAUUGCUGUAUGUAAUCAAGAGAGAAGGCCUCGUUUUCUACGCAGAAAUUUGAUUUAAGAAAUUCGCCUUUUACAGAUCCAGACGAAUUUCUAUUUUCUUUAAGUGAGAGAAAGAAGAGUGAGAGAGAAGUUGAUCUCUGGUUUCUGGUAUAAAAGGAGGGCUUGGUGUAUGUGUGAUUCGGUAGUGGAAAACCUUGGAAGAGAGAGAGGUUGAGGAAUCAAUGGCGAAUUCGGAGUAUGGCGUCGUCAGAUUACUGUGUGUUUCUGCAUUGGUAUUGACGACGGCGCUAUUCGAUUCCGUCCUCGGCGGCAACGAAAACGACGGCGGCGUGAGUUACGACGGAAGAUCCUUGAUCAUCAAUGGCGAACAAAAACUCCUCUUCUCCGGUUCUAUUCACUAUCCGCGCAGCACUCCCGAUAUGUGGCCUUCUUUGAUAGCCAAAGCAAAGGAAGGUGGACUAGAUGUGAUACAAACCUACGUUUUUUGGAACCUUCACGAACCCCAACAAGGAAAGUAUGAAUUCAGUGGAAGACGCGAUAUAGUAAGGUUCUUAAAGGAAAUACAAGCACAAGGAUUACAUGCUUGCCUUAGGAUUGGACCCUUUAUUGAGGCCGAAUGGAGCUAUGGUGGUCUACCAUUUUGGUUACAUGAUGUUCCGGGUAUUGUUUAUCGAUCUGAUAACGAGCCAUUCAAGCUUCACAUGCAAAACUUCACCACCAAGAUAGUGAACAUGAUGAAGUCGGAAGGCUUAUAUGCUUCACAAGGAGGGCCAAUUAUACUUUCACAGAUUGAGAAUGAAUACACUUUGGUAGAGGCAGCCUUUCACGAGAAGGGGCCUCCUUAUGUUCUAUGGGCAGCAAACAUGGCCGUUAGUCUUCAAACUGGUGUGCCAUGGAGCAUGUGCAGGCAAAACGAUGCACCUGACCCUGUGAUAAAUACAUGUAAUGGGAUGAGAUGUGGAGAAACAUUCACUGGGCCAAACUCGCCUAAUAAACCAUCCAUGUGGACCGAGAAUUGGACUAGUUUCUAUCAAACAUAUGGUGGCGAACCAUACAUAAGAUCAGCAGAGGAGAUUGCAUUUCAUGUUGCUCUUUUCAUUGCUGCAAAGAAUGGGACUUAUGUCAAUUAUUAUAUGUAUCAUGGAGGAACCAAUUUUGGAAGAACAGCCUCUGCAUAUGUGAUUACAGGCUAUUAUGAUCAAGCCCCUCUGGACGAAUAUGGUUUAAUGAGGGAACCAAAAUGGGGCCAUCUUAAAGAAUUACAUGCUGCAGUUAAGCUGUGCUCCAAGCCCUUGCUUUCUGGAACAAAAUCCAACUUCUCACUGGGCCAAUCACAAGAAGCAUAUGUGUUUAAAACUGAGUCCGGAGAAUGUGCUGCCUUUUUGGUGAAUAGAGGAGCUACAGAUGUGAAUAUCCUCUUUCAAAAUGUUUCGUACAAGUUACCUUUAAGUUCAAUCAGCAUCUUACCAGAUUGCAAAACUGUGGCCUUCAAUACCAGAAUGGUAAGCGUACAACAUAACACGAGAUCAAUGAGGGCAGUACAAACUUUUGGUUCAUCUGAAGAAUGGCAAGAGUUCAAGGAAAUGAUACCUAGCUUCAAUGAAACCGAAUUAAGAGCAGACGAGUUAUUAGAGCAUAUGGGUACUACAAAAGACAGCUCAGAUUAUCUUUGGUACACUUUAAGGGUUCAACAUGAUUCUCCCGACUCUCUACUAACUCUUGAAGUGGAUUCUCGAGCUCACGCACUGCAUGCAUUUGUCAAUGGAGUUUAUGCAGGCUCCGCCCAUGGAACUUUCAAAGAAAGAAGUUUCUCUCUGGAGAAAAGUAUUACGUUGAGAAAUGGCAUCAACAACAUCUCGUUGCUCAGUGUGAUGGUUGGCUUACCGGAUUCUGGAGCAUAUCUCGAGCGCAGAGUUGCUGGACUGCGAAGAGUGCAAAUUCAAGGCGAAGAUUUCUCUGCAAAAUCUUGGGGAUACAAGGUUGGCCUGGUAGGAGAGCAAUCACUAAUAUUCUUAGACACUGGAUCGAGUGAAAUUCAAUGGAGCAGGUUAGGAAACUCUUCUCAGCCCCUCACAUGGUAUAAGGUACUACACAUUAUAAAUCGUUUUAGACUAUUUCUACAGCAACUCUAUAUUGAAUUCAGUUGUUUAAUAACUUUGUCAUUCUCAUUCAUCGCCAAUUGGCAGACACGGUUCGAUGCACCACCGGGUGAUGACCCGAUCGCCUUGAACCUUGGUUCCAUGGGGAAGGGUGCAGCUUGGGUUAACGGCAGGGGCAUUGGCCGGUACUGGGUCUCCUUCCUAACUUCAAAAGGGGAGCCUUCACAGAAAUGGUAUAAUGUACCACGUUCCUUCCUCGAGCCAACUGGAAACCAGUUGAUUAUUCUUGAAGAAGAAACUGGAAACCCGCUCGGGAUAUCACUGGAUGCCGUUUCAAUUAGCAAAACAUGUGGGCAAGUGUCUGAAUCACAUUAUCCCCAAGUAGCUUCUUGGAUAGGUGCAAAGAAACAAAGAGCGAACCGUAAGAACAGAAGCAGAAAGCCGAAGCUCCUACUAAGCUGCCCUCAUGACAAGAACAUCUCCAACAUCUUAUUUGCAAGCUUUGGGACCCCUACUGGCGACUGUCAAAGCUAUGCUACUGGAGCAUGUCACUCGCCAAAAUCCAGAGCCAUUGUUGAGCAUGCUUGUCUAGGAAAGACUAAAUGCUCGAUUCCGAUCACAAAUCUGAACUUCCGUGGCGAUCCAUGUCCACGCGUCACCAAAACAUUGUUGGUUGAUGCACAAUGCACAUAAUGAUGGAAGAUGUCCCGCGUGCAGUACACGACAAGAUAAUUCGCCAUAACUUUCUAUAGAUAAAUAGCUUUAGAUAAUCUUCUGCAAUAUCACAGCUUGUUUCAUUCUUUUAGGGGUCUUAGAAACAAUUAUGCAACACAUCAAGUAUUAAUUGAUUCAUGUCAUCAAUGAAAUGCAACCUCAGUUCUCUUGUCACA